AUGACAGAACGUUCCCCUCCUCCAGAACUCCCACUGCCCAAAGACCUCCCCGUCCGCAUUCUAGUCCAGACUAAGACGCAACUCGUCCCCAAAGACCAGGAUCAGGGAAACGACGUAUAUAGCGACAAGCUUGUCUCCAUGCUGAACCGUAUCUCGCGCUAUCACUGGAACUGCGCGUAUUGGCCGUUCGAGAACCGGUUCUACACCCAGGGCGACGAGUUCGGGUAUAACAACCGGCUAUGUUUCUUAAUGGUUGACCAUGGUACUACGUCUAAUGAUGACGAAGUGCUCGUCUUGUGUUAUGAGUGGACGGGGGAGGAUUUCAAAUACACGCCCGACCUUCUCGCUUCAAAAGAAGUCCAGGAUGAGCUGAAAGAGAUCCCCUUCACGCCGGGUCCGUACGUGCCGCGCGAAAAGCCGCCCAUUCGACGAGUGGUGCGGAGAAGACUCCGCGAGGCGCAGCGCAUUCCCGACGAGGAGCUAGAGUACAUGCAGCAACACCCCGAGGAUAUGGAGUGGCUGGAGCGGAAGGUGAAGCCGCGGUUCUGGGCGAAUUUUCUGGCGCAGAUCGAGGCGCGGCCGCGGGAGAAGGAGGAAGAGGAGAGGCUUGGGGUCACGUCUGGUCCGUUACCUGAUGAUGUGCGGUUGGAGUUUGAUUGA